UCGGGGCAUAUACAUAAAAAAUGUCACCUACUCCUAGACGACGCGGAUUUAAAAGAGUGUGCAAGUGAGUUCUGCACAUAAAAGAAAUUAACUUGUUCUGCUAAAUGCUAAAAAAAAUCUGCAUCUUCUUCUGCACCCCUUUACUAUAAUGGCCAACAACAAUGUGUAUCCUUAUAGUGCUUCUUUUUCUUUGACUGAUCCUGACCCUGAACCGGAUGAUAUUUCUGUUUUUCUUCGUCAAAUUCUCCUUCCUUCUUCAUCUUCCUCUUCAUCCAAUUUUAUGGCCCUGAAGGGUAAUGAAAUGCAAUAUUCCUCAUCAUUACCUCAUCUUGUGUCUAAAACUCAACACGGCGAUUUGUCCACCAUUAUGAAUUCAUCGGCUGGCGGCAAUUUAUCUUAUGAGGCUUAUAAUGUGCCUGCAAGUACAACUAAUGUUUCUUCGUCAUCUGUUGGGACCAUGGAUAACGAUCCAGAUGAGUAUGAAUGUGAAAGUGAGGAUGGUACAGAGGACUUGGUGGCGGAAGCUUCAGCACAACCGCCAUCAUCUCGUAACACUUCCAAGAGAAGCAGAGCAGCUGAAGUGCAUAAUUUGUCUGAGAAGAGGAGAAGAAGCCGGAUUAAUGAGAAGAUGAAAGCAUUGCAAAAACUUAUUCCAAAUUCAAACAAGACUGACAAGGCUUCAAUGCUUGAUGAAGCCAUUGAGUAUCUCAAGCAGCUUCAGCUCCAAGUACAGAUGUUGACAAUGAGAAAUGGAUUAAACACGUAUCCUCUAGGCCUACCACGAGUGCUAGAACAAAAUCAACUCUGUCAGCAAAAAAUGGGUUUGUGCGAGGGGAAUGGAUUCACAAAUGCUAAAGUGGCUUGGAAUCUCCAAGAGACCUCGUUAAAUGCCAUUUUCAAUCCAGCUGAAAAUUGUACAGAAACUAAGGUAACACCAGUGACAAGUAUGUCAAAUGCAAACCAUUCAGACCAAGCUUUUGAACGAGAGUCAUCCAUGAAUAUUCACCUUGAUUCCUUUCAGCUCCCAAGAUCUACCAGCAAGGAAAUUUGGAGGGAGGAUUGCGUACCUCUAUAUGGAAUGAAUGAGCGAACGACCAAAACUGUUUCAAAUGGAGCAAAUGUGGCAUUCUCAGUCCCCUUUGACACUGAUGCAUCUAACCUGAGGAGAAUCACUCGGGAAGCCUGCUUUCUUCCAUAUCAGUUUGGCUCUGUGAAUGAAACCAAUCUGGAUUGCGACCAACUUCUUGCCCGUCAACUGUAUAGCACCUUCUGAAAUUUUGGCCUGCAUUGGCCUGCUGGAUUUUCUCGAAGUAAUGAGACAUGCGUCUUGCUGCUUAGGAUUAAUUUUGUUUACUUUUGGGCUCAAAAGCCAUUGUAUUGAAUGAAUCACAUCUCCAUUGCUUACGCGGAGAAGUUGGAAUAUAAAUGUAAAGAUUGGACUAUUUUCUAUCUUGUAUCUUAUGAAAUUAGAACAUUACUACUAUGCAUAAACUAUAUUUCUUGAUUACUCAUAUUUGUCCGACGAAUUUGAAGAUAGUGCGGAUGCUACCAGUAACAGAUCCAAGAUUUGACGGCGACCUCAAAUUAGUACCACAAUAACAAUUGGAUUAUUAAUGGAUUCACAUGAACCAUUUACACUCCGGAUCCGCCCUUACAUGCUUAUAUUGCUCGUAAUCCUUGUUAAUGGACGAAUUAAGGAGGGUUACUCACAAGAAACAAUAACUCCUGUAGGUUUAUA